GCCGCAAAGAGUUUUUGUUUGUGCUGGGUGGUCCAUGGUCUUGUUAUUACUGCUGCUGCUGCUGCUGCUGCUGCUGCUGCUGGUCUGUCCCGUGUUCUGGACCCGGGAUGGGAAAAUACGAACGGUUGGCCUACCCGUGAGCCAGGGCUGCAGGCAACCGAUCGCUUGUGCGCCUUUCCGGGGCGAUACCGCCCAAUUUUCAUCCCAUGCUACUGCAGAUGCUCCCCGCGAUUGCAGGUCAGGUUUCCCGAUGCUUGCGGCACAGGGACUGCGUUUGGCUUGUUAUUAUAUCCUCCUUGCUACAGUUUCGUUCUUCAUGUCACUGUCGCUUCAUGCGCCGUUUGCAUCCCACCCUCUGGCGACUGCGCCGUCUGCAGCAACAACAUGGCGGUCGAUAUCGAGGCAUCAUGGCCGGUCAAGGAGAUCAUCUACACCGGCAUCGUGGGCGUGGUGAUGCUUGCCGCCUUCCUCGAGUGGUUCCUGUGGAUCGCAGCGUUCCUGUACUGCUUGUGGAAGGUGUUUGUCAAGGCCGAGCACUGGACGGUCCGGCUGCUGGCCGUGCUCGUGGGCAUCGCCUUUACGUUGCUGAGAUGCAUAUUCCUCCCCAUCAUGGUCGUCACGCUGCCGCUCCCCAGCCAGAUCGCGCGGGUCUGGCCGCCGGCCAUGGUUUCGUUCCUGCAGUGGUUUGCCUUCUGGAGCUUCGCCGGGCUCUUGACGAUCCCGUGGCUGUUCUGUGUCUACCAGAUCGUCACGCACCAGCUCGGGCGCACCAAGCGCAUCAAGCAGGUGCUCGACGAGGUGUCGGCGCCCAAGGUGGUCAUCGUCAUGCCGUGCUACAAGGAGGAGCCCGAGGUGCUCGUGACGGCCAUCGACUCGGUGGUCGCCUGCGACUACCCGCCGUCGUGCAUCCACGUGUUCCUCUCGUUUGACGGCGACCAGGAGGACGAGCUGUACCUCAACACCAUCGAGAAGCUCGGCGUGCCGCUCACGCUAGAGGCGUACCCGAAGAGCAUCGACGUGACGUACCGGGCGGCGCGCAUCACGGUCUCGCGCUUCCCGCACGGCGGCAAGCGGCACUGCCAGAAGAUGACGUUCAAGCUCAUCGACAAGGUCUACUGCGAGUACCUGCGGCGCCACGACGACCUCUUCAUCCUGUUCAUCGACUCGGACUGCAUCCUGGACCGCGUGUGCCUGCAGAACUUCGUGUACGACAUGCAGCUGAGCCCGGGCAACCGGCGCGACAUGCUGGCCAUGACGGGCGUCAUCACGUCGACGACGCGGCGGCACAGCCUCAUCACGCUGCUGCAGGACAUGGAGUACAUCCACGGCCAGCUGUUCGAGCGCACGGUCGAGUCGGGCUGCGGCGCCGUGACGUGCCUGCCCGGGGCGCUGACCAUGCUGCGCUUCUCGGCCUUCCGGCGCAUGGCCAAGUACUACUUCGCCGACAAGGCCGAGCAGUGCGAGGACCUGUUCGACUUCGCCAAGAGCCACCUGGGCGAGGACCGCUGGCUGACGCACCUGUUCAUGAUCGGCGCCAAGAAGCGCUACCAGAUCCAGAUGUGCACGUCGGCCUUCUGCAAGACCGAGGCCGUGCAGACCAUGCGCAGCCUCGUCAAGCAGCGCCGCCGCUGGUUCCUGGGCUUCAUCACCAACGAGGUGUGCAUGCUGACCGACUGGCGCCUGUGGAAGCGCUAUCCGGUGCUGGUGCUGGUGCGCUUCAUGCAGAACACGAUCCGCACGACCGCGCUGCUCUUCUUCAUCAUGGUGCUGGCGCUGCUGACCACCACCAAGCGCGUCGCCGACCUGCCCGUCGGCUUCAUCGCCAUCUCGCUGGGGCUGAACUGGCUGAUGAUGAUCUACUUCGGCGCCAAGCUGCGCCGCUUCAAGAUCUGGCUGUACCCGCUGAUGUUCGUGCUCAACCCCUUCUUCAAUUGGUACUACAUGGUCUACGGCAUCUUCACCGCCGGCCAGCGCACCUGGGGCGGCCCGCGUGCCGACGCCGCCGCCGCCGACGCCCAGACCACCGCCCAGGAGGCGAUCGAGCAGGCCGAGCAGGCCGGCGACGACCUCAACAUCGUGCCGGAGUCCUUCAUCCCCGCGGCGCAAGAGCGCGAGGAGCUCGCGCUCGCCCAGACGGCCGCCAGCAAGGAGGAGGAGGCGGCGAGCAGCAGCAGCCAUCAUCAGAAGACGAAGGAGAAGGAGAAGGAGAAUAAGAAGAAGAAGAAGCCGACGAAGAGGAGCGGCGGCGGUAGCGCCAGCGGCACUGUCCGUCGCUCCCGGAGCAUCCUGCUGCCCCCGGACAAGGUGGUCGGCAAGUUCGCCCCGCCCGAACGCACGCCGAGCGGGUGGUACCAGCACCCGGACGAUUCGAUGGCCAGCCACGUCGGGAAAAGAACCACCGCCACCACGACCCCCGCGCCAGCAAUGCCAACGCUAGGAGGGCGACACCACUACCACCACCAACAUGGCCAGCGUGACUCCUUCGACAGCACCUUCUCCGCCCACACCACGGGGAUCCUGUCCGUCUACAUGCCCCAGCGCGUCGAGAGCAUCAUGGGCGACGAGGACCGCCGCAAGUAUGAGCUGGCCCAGGCGAGCAGCCACGUCAGCAGCCAGUUCCUGCUGACCGGCUCGUGCGUCUUUUCGUCGUCGCCGUCUUCCCCUUCCCCUUCCCCUGCCCCUUCCCGAUCGCCCUCUUCCCGGAUGGUGGUCCAGUCCGGGCAGGGGCAGGGCAGGGUGUUUGAGGUUCCUGACGAUAUCAACCUCGUUCACGAUUGUAGGUCUUCUGCGGAGCCCGUGGGUGUAGCAGCGAGUGCUGUGAUGGAUGGUAGCAGCAGCAGUAGGCCCCCGAGCUCGACGAGCGAGCAGCAACAUGAGGAGCGUUUACAGGCGCUUUCGCCGCCGCCGGGCCGUGGGCAGGGGCGGCGACAGAGGGGCAAGUCGCGGUAGGUUAUGGAUCUAUCUUGAGCUGAAGAGGAGAAAAGAGGGAGAACUGGGUUAUGAGACUCGGAGAGGGGAUCUCCUUCUUGGGCUCGGCAGCUUGCGUUUUUGUUGGUGUACUCUGAAUCUGAAUCGAUCUUAGACCAAGUCCUUAGGUACUCUCAUGGCAUAUCACACGGACAACUUGCUACAGAGUGUGUGAU